UAAUUCAAUUUAGUUAAAUAUCAUAGUUAGAAAAUGUGUUGCCGAUGUUGCAGUGUCAAACAGCAAAAACUAUGGGUCUUCAGUGUGGGUAGUGUAUUGGUGAUUUUGGGAGUUGUGCUAAUAGCUGCUUGGCCAACUCUCUCAGACCUACUAGUGUAUUCGAUGUUUCCUCUUAGUCCUGGUUCCUUUAUGUUUAACAAAUGGGUGAUUACACCGGUACCUUUGUACCUCAACUUUUUCCUAUACAAUUGGACAAAUUCACAUUUGGCCAAUGAUUCAAGUGUCAAACCUAAUUUUGUAGAAUUGGGACCAUAUGCAUUUCGUGAAGUUAAAGUAAAAGAGGACUUGAAAUGGGACAAUAAUGAACAUUUAGUAACUUUCUAUGGACAUCGUACUUGGUAUUUCGAUGCCUCAAAAUCGAAUGGCAGUUUGGAUGACAUGAUUACAGCACCGCAUUUGCCAACGGUGGGUGGUGCAAAAAUCUUCCGUCCUCAGCAUCCAAUAAUACGAAAAAUUCUCAACUUUGGCUUUAAUCGCGAAGGAGGCAAAUUGGCUAUGUCUCAUACUGCCAUUGAUUGGAUAUUUAAUGGUAUUUACGAUGACAUUAUGGACUUUGGCGAACGUUUACAUUCGCCCUUCAUAGGGAUAAAAGAAAGUCAUUUUGGUUAUUUUUACAAACGUAACGAUACCAAAGAAGCCGAAGGUACUUUCAGCAUACACACGGGCAAAGGAGAUUUAACUCAAUUGGGUGAUUUGAAAUAUUGGAAUGGCUCGGAUCAUACCAGCUAUUGGCAGGGAGAAUGCAGUCGUGUUAAUGGUAGUACAGGAGAGCUAUGGUCUCCUGGUAAGAAAUGGCAAGAUCCGGUGACCAUUUUCUUCUCAGACUCUUCCAGAUACUUUAACAUUUAUCCACAAACCAAUGAAACAUAUCGUGGUGUAAAUGUAAGGAAAUAUACCUCCACUGAGCUAACAUUCGAUAGUGGUUAUAUAGCUGAGGAUACGAAAUGUUUUUGUGUUCAUGGCCGGGAAUGUCCCAAAAAUGGUGUUAUUGAUUAUUCGCCAGUAACGUUUAGAGCACCCGUUUAUAUAUCUCAUCCUCAUUUCUAUAUGACCGAUCCUUUAUAUCGUGCAAAUACUACAGGUCUAAAUCCUGACCCGCAGAAACAUGGUAUUUCUUUAGUGCUGGAACCAAAAUUUGGUAUUCCAAUGGAUGUCAAUGGUCAAGUGUUAGUAAGUGCUUUUGUGGAACGGGAUGAGAAAAUAGACAUCUUAAAAGAUUUGGCUUGGAAUUUCUAUGCACCUUUAUUUGUGAUUCAACUAAAAACUGAGAUAAGUGAUGAUCUUUUAAGUUUAGUUAAGUUAAUAUUAAAUUUGCCUCAUAUUGGUCAAUACAUCGGAAUUGCUCUUACCAUUAUUGGUUUGAUAAUGAUUGGCCUUGGAAUAUACCUGACGAAGAAACAUAAAUGGCGCGGUGAAGCUUUUGUAAAAGACAAGGGAACAAACUCAGUUAAAUAA